AUGACAAAGCCAGUUCCAGCUAUUGGUACAGAUGGAGUGGGGGAAGAAGUCGCAGUUAACGGAUUUGUGCUAUUAUAUGGAUUUUGUCAUGACAGUGCUGAUCGGGGCGUCAGUGAGCAGUAUUUAUUUGAUUUUACAAAAAAUGACGAAGUUGACGCUUGGCAAGAACAAUCUGAUACAGUGCGAGAUGUUGGAAUGUCCCAAAGCAGUAUUGGUUAUUCACAAAAAAUAUGGGCUUUCGAAGAGCAAUAUUUUUCGCCCUCUUGA